AUGCGUCUUCUUGGCUUACUGGCAAUUUCCUUCUUUGGCACUGCUCUCGCCCUGCCUGCUGAGAACCCUGACAUCUCCGAUGCCACGGUUCCAACUUCGACUUCAAUCUCAUGGAGCAGUACAUUCCCUACGCCUAGGGAGCCGGUCCCUGUUGACGUGGAGCCUCGCCCUACUGUUUCCUCUGAGGCUUCUACUCAAACUUAG